GGGGGUUUCACUUCCGGGACGGUGUUCCGGCCCAUUCCGGCCCAUUUCCACCCCCGGAGCUCUCACCCCUCCAGUGCCGACGGUAGAGAAAGACCUUACUCCAGGGGCUUCCUCCUCACUGGGGAAUUGCCGGAAAGAGCAAACAAAAAAGGCGCUGGUGUAGGCUCCAAAAUAAACAUCUGAAUUCAUGAUGGCAUCGACAGAGGCUCUUAUUGGAUUAAAAGUUUCAAAACAAACAAAAACGCUUUGGAAAAAGCAGGGUUGAAUGCCUGCCUACACCCUCAGGCACGACCAUGGAGAAAAGUGGGAACAUACAACUGGAGAUCCCUGACUUCAGCAACUCUGUCCUGAGCCAUCUAAACCAGCUGCGCAUGCAGGGCCGUCUCUGUGACAUCGUGGUCAACGUGCAAGGACAAGCUUUUCGGGCUCACAAAGUGGUACUGGCUGCCAGCUCCCCCUAUUUCCGAGAUCACAUGUCCUUGAAUGAGAUGAGUACUGUCUCCAUUUCAGUCAUAAAGAACCCUACUGUUUUUGAACAGCUCCUUUCUUUCUGUUACACGGGGCGGAUAUGCCUGCAACUGGCAGAUAUCAUCAGCUACCUGACAGCUGCCAGUUUUCUGCAGAUGCAGCAUAUUAUAGACAAAUGUACACAGAUCCUGGAGGGCAUUCAUUUCAAAAUCAAUGUGGCUGAGGUUGAAGCUGAAUUAAGUCAGACAAGGACAAAGCACCCAGAGGGACCUCCAGAGUCUCACAGAGUUACACCGAAUCUGAACCGCUCCCUUAGCCCCCGACAUAAUACCCCAAAGGGAAACCGGCGAGGUCAGGUUAGUGCUGUGCUGGAUAUCAGGGAGCUCAGCCCUCCUGAGGAGUCCACCAGCCCUCAGAUAAUUGAACAGAGUUCUGAUGUAGAGAGCCGGGAGCCCAUUCUUCGGAUCAACCGAGCAGGACAGUGGUACGUGGAGACAGGAGUAGCAGACCGAGGGGCCCGGAGUGAUGAUGAAGUUAGAGUUCUUGGAGCAGUACACAUCAAAACUGAAAAUCUAGAAGAGUGGCUUGGGCCUGAGAAUCAGCCUUCUGGAGAAGAUGGGAGUAGUGCAGAGGAAGUCACAGCCAUGGUGAUUGACACCACAGGCCAUGGUUCUGUAGGACAGGAAAAUUACAUGUUAGGAUCUUCAGGAGCCAAGGUCGCUAGGCCAACAAGCAGUGAAAUUGACAGAUUUAGCCCCUCCGGCAGUGUUGUUCCCUUGACGGAGAGACACAGAGCCAGAAGUGAGUCUCCUGGGAGAAUGGAUGAGCCUAAGCAACCCAGCUCCCAGGUAGAAGAGUCAGCAAUGAUGGGAGUAAGUGGCUAUGUGGAGUAUCUCCGAGAGCAGGAAGUAUCUGAGCGGUGGUUCCGGUACAACCCCCGUCUCACCUGUAUCUACUGCGCCAAAUCUUUCAACCAGAAGGGGAGCCUGGACCGCCACAUGCGCCUGCACAUGGGAAUUACACCAUUCGUCUGCCGCAUGUGUGGCAAGAAAUAUACCCGGAAAGAUCAGCUGGAGUAUCACAUCCGCAAGCACACAGGCAACAAGCCCUUUCACUGUCAUGUUUGUGGCAAAAGUUUCCCCUUCCAGGCCAUCUUGAAUCAGCACUUUCGCAAAAACCACCCUGGCUGUAUACCCCUGGAGGGGCCUCAUAGCAUCUCCCCUGAAACAACUGUCACAUCUCGGGGACAAGCCGAGGAAGAGUCACCUUCACAAGAAGAGACAGUUGCUUCUGGGGAAACUGCCCAGGGCUCUGUGUCCACUACUGGGCCAGAUUGAAACAGCAAGGAGGGGGGCAGACCUUCUUCCCCUUUGGGCCGUAAGUAACCAGCAUCAGGGCCAUGGGCUGGUACUUAUAUUCACAAAAUGCCACAACACCAGAUCAGAAGAUGUUAGCAAGAUGUUGUAUCAGCAACAUACACAAAAGCAUUAGAGGCUCUUCCCCUCUUUCUUCCCACCUCACACUUUGGAAAAUAAUCAAGCAAAUCAGCUUUCUAAUUCAGGGAUCAACAGCCUUGGUUUGUUAACUUUAUAAAAAAAAAAUUUUUUUUUAACAAAACAAUGAUAAAUGACCAUUUAUCUACCAGUCAUGUUUGAACACUGUACUUUGGUCCAUAUCACCCUGGUGGCUGUAAUUGCCCAGAUCUGAAGAAUGAAGCAGGAGCCUUGGUCAUCUGAACCAGCCAGCCACAAGAGAGAAGGAAGUAAUCAUGAUGGUGGUGAUGAAGGGGAAUUUCUCUCCUUCCUUCCCUGCCAGAACACGCAGUUUCAUAUCUCAAGAAGAAAAAAAAAAAAAAAAAAAAAGAAUCCCGGUGGUUCUUUUUGUUUUGAAAGGUUAGAUUAAUCUUUGCCCUGACAAGGCGUCUGAUACUUUGCCUGAUUGUUUCACGUGUGCAGCCAUCGUGGAGCAGUAUUCUAAUGGGCAGCAUCACCUGAAGCACUUCAGGCACCUGGAAGUGAAAUGAGCAGCGAAGUGUUUGCAGUAGGUAGUUCUGCACUUGGGGGCCUGGGUGUUGUGUUGAGGAAGGGGGGAGCAAGGAAGGAAGUGUUUUUGUUCUGCAGUUAUCGAACAGCACAGAGCCAGCCGUACUGCAACUUCCUGGUUGGUAUUUGUAAGCCAUAGUGCUUAUACAUCUUCAGGUGUUAGGAAAUGGCUCUAGUCCAGAUGAAUUAACGCGUAAGGCUGACUACCAAAGUUUCAUCCAGUCUCUUUGGCUCCUAGCUUCACAUAACAGCAAUAUUAUGCAUCAAAAAUGUCACUUUACAGUGAAGUGAGCCUGGAUUGUAUUUUUAAAUCCACAGGUCUCCAUAUUUGAUAACUUUUAUAUGACAUU